AUGGUCUGCACAAAGUGCCAAAAGCUCGGCAAGGGAUCCACGACCCUCGCCACGCCCUCCGUGAAGAAGAAGAGCGAAAUCUACCACGGCUCCUCCUCUUCCUCCUCCUCCGCCACAAAGUCCGCGACCCUGGGAAACACCAGCAUCGGCAAGAGCAAGCUCCUAUCAAAGGCUGCCAAGAACCCUUACGCCCAGUACUCGAGCGCCUGCUCAAAGUGCAAGACAAAGGUCUCCCAGGGCCAUUCCCUCUGCCAGUCGUGCGCCUACCGAGCCGACUCGUGCGCCUCGUGCGGCAAGCCGAACAAGAAGGCCAAGGGCGCCGCCCCCUCGGUCGCGGGACAGAAGUUUACCUUGAAGUGA